AUGGCAACAAAAAAACGAAAUAAAGCUUUUAUGGGUAUGCCUGCCCCGUUAGGUUAUGUUCCUGGUCUUGGUCGUGGUGCAACUGGUUUUACAACUCGAUCUGAUAUUGGUCCAGCUAGAGAAACAGGUGAUAUAAGUGAUGAACGACAUGCACCACCAAAUAAACGUCGAGAUGAAGAUGAUGAUGAAGAAACAGAUUUAAAUGAUUCAAAUUUUGAUGAAGAAUAUGGUUAUGGUGGAAGUUUAUUUAAAAAUGAUCCAUAUGAAAAAGAUGAUGAAGAAGCUGAUGAAAUUUAUGAAUCAAUUGAUAAACGUAUGGAUGAAAAACGUAAAGAACGAAGAGAACGUCGAUUUCAAGAAGAAAAUGAAAAAUAUCGUCAAGAACGACCAAAAAUUCAACAACAAUUUAGUGAUCUUAAACGCAAAUUAGCUGAUGUAACAGCUGAAGAAUGGAUGAGUAUGCCAGAAGUUGGUGAUGCUAGAAAUAAACGUCAACGAAAUCCAAGACAAGAAAAAUAUACACCUGUACCUGAUUCGGUUCUUGCAAAAGCUGUUGCAUCUACUGAGCAAGCAAGUAGUAUUGAUCCACGUGAACAACGAUAUGGCGGUUUUGAUACUCCAGCUUAUGGAAUGUCAACACCAUCAACUGAUAUUGAAAUGGUUAAAAUUGGUGAAGCACGAAAUACACUUGUAAAAUUAAGAUUAACACAGGCUUCCGAUAGUAUUACUGGACAAACAGUUGUUGAUCCAAAAGGUUAUUUAACUGAUAUGGCAUCUAUGUUACCAUCAUAUGGUGGUGAUAUAAAUGAUGUUAAAAAAGCUCGAUUAUUAUUAAAAAGUGUUCGAGAAACUAAUCCAUCUCAUCCACCAGCAUGGAUUGCAUCAGCACGUUUAGAAGAAGUUGUUGGUAAAGUUCAAGCAGCAAGAAAUUUAAUUAUGCGUGGAACAGAACAUUGUCCAAAAAGUGAAGAUAUAUGGUUAGAAGCUGCACGUUUAAUGCCACUUGAUUUAGCACGUGGAAUUGUUACACAUGCUGUUAGACAUUUACCACAAUCAGUUAAAAUUUGGGUUAAAGCUGCUGAUUUAGAACAAGAACCAAAAGCUAAAAAACAAGUUUUAAGACGAGCACUUGAACAAGUACCAAAUUCGGUUCGAUUAUGGAAAGCAGCAGUAGAAUUAGAAGAUGAAGAUGAUGCUAGAAUUAUGCUUAGUAGAGCUGUUGAAUGUUGUCCAACAUCAGUUGAUUUAUGGUUAGCUUUAGCACGUCUUGAAACAUAUGAAAAUGCACGACGUGUACUUAACAAAGCUCGUGAACAUAUUCCAACUGAUCGACAAAUUUGGAUAAUGGCUGCAAAACUUGAAGAAGCCAAUGGAAAUAAUGUUAUGGUCGAUCGUCUUAUAGAGCGAGCUUUGGCUUCAUUAACUGCAAAUAUGGUUGAGAUUAAUCGUGACCAUUGGAUGAAAGAUGCUGUUGAUUGUGAAAAAGCUGGUUCUGUUCAUACAUGUCAAGCAUUAAUUCGUAAUGUAAUUGGUAUUGGUAUUGAAGAUGAAGAUCAAUUAGAAACAUGGAUUGAAGAUGCACAAUCAUGUCGAACUGAAGGUGCAUAUGAAUGUGCACGUGCAAUAUAUACUCAUGCACGUAAAUUUCAUCCAACAAAAAAAGUCUUAUGGUUAGAUGCAGCUGAUUUUGAAAAAAAACAUGGUACACGUGAACAACUUGAAGAACUUUUAACAACUGCUGUUGUUAGUUGUCCAAAAGCCGAAGUUUUAUGGUUAAUGUUAGCUAAAAGUAAAUGGUUAGCUGGAAAUGUUCCAGCAGCACGAGAAACUUUAUCAGCUGGAUUUCAGGCAAAUCCAAAUUCGGAAGAAAUUUGGCUUGCAGCUGUUAAACUUGAAUCAGAAAAUAAUGAAUAUACAAAAGCAAUUAGUCUUUUAACAAAAGCUCGACUUAAUGCACCAACUGCUCGUGUUUAUAUGAAAUCUGUUCGUUUAUAUUGGUGUUUAAAUGAUCUUUCAGCAGCUAAACAAUUAUUAGAUGAAGCAUUAAAAGCUUAUGGUGAUUUUCCAAAAUUAUGGAUGAUGAAAGGACAAAUAUUCGCUCAACAUGGUCCAACUGGUUUUGAAGCAGCUCGAGAAGCAUAUUUAGAAGGAAUUAAACGAUGUCCAACAAGUAUACCAUUAUGGUUACUUUUAAUUCAAUUAGAAAUUGACAAUGGACAAUUAAUUAAAGCUCGAGCUAAUUUAGAAAAAGCUCGUUUACGUAAUACAAUGAUACCAGAAUUAUGGUUAGCUAGUGUUCGAUUAGAAGUCAAUGCUGGAAAUGUACAACAAGCUAAAGUUAUGCUUGCUCGAGGUAUGCAAGAAUGUCCAGCAGCAGGUAUACUUUGGGCCGAAGCAAUAUUUAUGGAAGCACGUCCACAACGUAAAUCAAAAAGUGUUGAUGCAUUAAAAAAAUGUGAACAUGAUCCAUAUGUAUUAAUGGCUGUAUCAAAAUUAUUUUGGUCUGAACGUCGUAUUGAUAAAGCACGUGAAUGGUUUAAUCGUACAAUUAAAUUAGAAACUGAUAUUGGUGAUUGUUGGGCAGCAUUUUAUAAAUUUGAAUUAAUACAUGGAACUGAACAACAACAAAUGGAUAUUAAACAAAAAUGUGUUAGUUUUGAACCAAGACAUGGCGAAUUAUGGUGUCGUAUUGCAAAAGAUGUUAAAAAUUGGAAAUUAAAAACAGGCGAUAUUAUAGAAUUAUGUGCAACACAAAUGCCACUACCUAAUUAA